AUGGGUGAUUAUGAUAUUGACCCAGGAGCCCAUAGGGCAGAAGCCAUCGCCGGGUCCCCGGCUGAAAUAGUCCAACGUCUCGACAAGGCCCGCGAUGCGAUUGCCGAAAUAGUAGAGGAGAAUCACAUCGUUGGCCUAGCCAGUCACGUCGUAUUCAAGGGCGAAAUCAUAUGGACGGCAAACAUGGGUUACCGCGACAUGAGCGAAAAGAAACCCGUGGAUUCAGACACCAUUUUCCCCAUUGGCGCUCUGAGCCAAGGCUUCACGGCAGCUUGCGUGGCUCAGCAGGUGUACAGAAAGGGGGGGUUUAGCUAUGACAACAAAAUUUCAGACUUUCUUCCCCAAUUACAGACCAGUGAUGCGACAGUCGGCGAUCUUCUCGGCCAUCGCACAGGACUUCAAUCGUCUGAUCACUGGCCACAAACGUCCAGCGUUGGCGACUUCAACCGCGAUGUAAUAAACGACAAGACGGUUAUUCAGGUAUAUAAGAACCUUGGGCCUCGGGCGAUUCUGCCAUCUCAAUUCCUACACAAUGGUAUCGGUUACGCCCUUCUCGGGAACAUUGUCAGUCCAAAGUAUGCAGACUACCUUAAAGAAAAUGUCCUGAAGCCUCUCCAGAUGUCCCGUACCCAAGUGGCCCGGGAUACAACAUUUGAUAGGGAUAAGAACACGUCCCGGAGGUACAGCGUUGGAGUCAAUGGCCGACUGUUCGUACAUUACCAACCCGGGGGCUUUUCUGCCUGGUCACACAACCACUUGCCAUCAGUGGCCGUUGGAAGCAUGAUGAGCACCACCAAUGAUUUGGCCAAGUACUGCAUCGCCCUCAACCAGGCAUGGAAACGUCAACGCCACACGAAGGAUGCGGAAGUCCAGACGCUCAGGCGCAAGCAAGUCUUUCCAGACGUGGACUUGCUGUUCAAUCCGCUCCAAGCCAUGGGAGCGGAUGAAAAGGCAAACAAGAGUCACGCCGCUGGCUGGGCGACCUGCACGCUACCCGCCGUCAUUGAAGAUAUUGGAGCCAACCCGGAGUUGAUGAAGACGCAAAUGCCCGAGCUCGGAACGGGCAGCGCGCCGGCCACGCUGGUUUGGAACCAGAGCAGGUACCACGGCACCCACGGCUUCGUCGGCCUGCUGCCGGAAUACGAAGCCGCGGUGAUAGUGCUGAGCAACACGACGACGGGCGACGACGCGCCCGACUGGAUCGGGCAGCUCCUGAUCCAGGCGACUCUGGGCAACCCGUACAAGAAUAACUACCCCUUUCUCGCUGGACUGAGCGCCCGCAACGCGCGCCAAAAGUAUUAUGAGCUCGCUGAAAAAGUACGACAAGGCCGACAAACCAAAGGACCCGAGAGGUCUCUGAGGCACUACCAUGGACGAUACAAGAGCGCUGUUUCAGGCGUUGUCAUCGGCGUUUGGAAGCGGUCAUUCUUCUCGAGACACCUGGGCAAAGAAGAGAGAGAUGAGGACGAAGGAGGGCCAGGACGAAAAAAGAGCCCCCUUGAAGUGGCUUUUUGGGGUACCCGACUCCCACGGCUUCCACUACAUCAUCAUCAUGGAGAUACAUUUACAUGGUUCCCGUCGUGGAAUCAACUGGCCGAGCGUGAAUUUCCCCUUGUCCACGAUGCACAGUAUUACACGAUUCAGUUCCAGCCAACCAAGCGCGGCAUAACCAUUGAGUCUCUGACUUGGUUCAACGAUUCGGCGAAACCUGAGGGAGAAGUCUUUACCCGAAUUUGGCCGCCAGUACAGCAGAUGCUGAAUUGA